AUCCAGACCAUAUGAUUAUUGACCCCCUCUCAUCACAACACUCCUCGUUCUCCCCUGGCCUACACUUCCUUCACCCUCACUGCCUGUCAUGACCCAGAUGCUCAAAGACCCGGCAGCGGGGUUGCCUCCCCAGCUGGUCCCUCACAUGCAUCUCAUCUCAAAGCAUCGCUAUGCUCUCGCAAAUAACCCUUCUUUCGAGACCAUCACGAAUUAUCUCCUUGAAGCACCCAAGAUUGUACGCGAUCUGCAGCCCAUGCACUGGCAAUUCCUCGACACUCCUCAAGAUGGCACCAUGAUGCUCACAUGGCAGCCAUUGGAAUACCUCGCGACGAACUUUGCCAGCGACGGAUAUAUUUGGGCGGAUGUAGAAGUUGUUUUCAAGACUGAAGUGAAAGGCUAUACGUUGGAAAUGUUCAUGCAACGAUCUGGCUAUCGCGCUUCAGGAGAAGCAGUCGCCUCUCAUUGUCGGAGAAGAUACCGUCUUGUUGGCGUGAACCAGGGUGUCGGUCUCCCAAAUCCCGACACCAGUUUGUGGAUUGUCCACUACUCCAAAGCCGCAUCUCGAGACCACAUCCCCUCAGCAUCAAUUCCUGUUCCUCCACAGAUCCAAGCUCAGGUCCAACAACGUCGCAUCAUCCAGGCGCAGGGCCAUCUACCCCGGAAAGAAUUCAUGCUACAUGAUCGAGCCAAUUGGCCCAUGAUUCAUCUUCCUCAAAAUCUUGCCAGGGCUCUGGGAGCCGCCCCGCAGGCCGUCGCACACCGGAGAGGUGGUAGCAUCACCCAAGACACUCCAUUGGAAGAUGAAGAAGACGUCUCUCGCGGUGAUCUUUUCGACUUCAUGACCCCAAGAGACAUCAGCCGGCUACGGUAUGAACAACACCAUGAAUGGAUGGAGGAGGUUGUCCAGUCUCCGCAUCCCAUUAAGUCGAUCGUUCCCAGCGACUUGGGACUCGGCCGCAAAGGUGUAUUAGAAGAUUUGACUCGGGAUUUCUUCGAUGCGCCCACGUCUGCCCUACGUGAACCCUCAAGUCAACCUCCUGCCGCAGCCGGAAAGUUGGCGGCCGGCAAAGCCCAAGAAUUCACCAAACGCGCAGAGGCCAAGUUGGCAGAGAUGCGAGCCGAACUCGAAAAGAUGAAAAAGAUCCAUGCAAGGAGAGUUGGUAGAAUGGAGCGUUCUACCGUGCUGAAUACCGCCGAGAAGAGACUUCGAAGUGCACCCAACACCACCGAACGACGUAGUUUGUCUCACGGUUCGCAGGCUGAUGUCGACCAGAACCAGGCGCAAGACGUGCUCAACACCAUCGUUGCAGAAGUCGAGUCGGUGUUUGGGAAGAAGAUUGAAAAGACGUCGAAUGUGACUUUGAUCAACAGAGGAGGGUUGGAAGAUCGCGCUCCUAGCACUCCUGCUGCCAUCGACCGCCCCUCUAUACAGUCACCUGUCAAGACUGCCAGAUCUAGCCUUCCUCCUACCACUUCUGCGACGGUGUCGCCUUCGGGCCCAAGUUCGACUGCACCCGAGACCGAAUCUCAACAGCCACAAGCCAUUCCUGCACCAAGCUCUACUCAACAACCCCCAGCUGAUAAGAAUGAGCCAGCCCCAACCGAAGAUAAACCCCAGGUGUCGGCUCAGCCCACUCCUGGCGAGCCUCAAUCUCAUGCCAGUGGCGACGACUCUAAUGAAGCUUCAACUACAAACGAUGGCAAAGAUCAGAUUGAGACUCCACAGGUCGACAUUGCGGAGAGCAAUGGCAACAACAGUGGACAAGAGGACACAAAUAUGGAAGGUCAGGAAUGGGUCAUGAUUGAUGAAGAUGGUGGACAGAACGGCGACGAUCUGGAACUUCCUGAUGUGCCUGAUGUGCAGGAAACCCGCGACGAUCAACAAUAUUCCGGACAAAGCACACAUCAAGAACAGAGUCAGCCAGCACAACAAGCACAAACACAAACACAGGCACCAGAACAGACACAGGUACAGGCUCCAGAAGCGGUCAAAGAACCAUCACCGAGACCAGAACUUGCAGCUCAGACAAAUCAAUCUCAACAAAACGACGACAAUGGUCUCGACACCCCUGAUUUCGGCAUUGGUGGGGACUUUGAUAACGUCGAUGUCGAUACCGCUGGAGAUGCUUUGGCAAGUUAUGGCAAUGAUGAAGGGGAUGAUGACUUGAAUCUCGAUGGGAUGGAAGACUCGGCUUUUGGCGACGCCUUCCAUCCUCAGGAAGAUGAAGAAAUGACCUAGGAAUAAGUUUCUCCACUAUCAUGGUUGACUUGUGUAUAUUACCUGGCCAAAGCUUGGACACUUUGAGCAGCGUGUAAACUUGAACGACGAGUCCUGGAUCUAGAACUGAUUAAUCAAAGACCAACAGAAGUAAGGGAUGAAGCAAUAAAUAUAUGCGAUCGUG